UAAUUGGUCUUGAAUUGGGCUACGCGAAUCGAUACCCCACCAUCAUGGAUGGCAGCCUAACAACGUACGAAAUGACUGCUCUCCGACCAAACACAACUUACCGUCUGAUAAGGACAGACGAUCUGAGUUGGGAUGAAUAUUUUAUGUCGGUAGUCUUCCUGUCAGCUAUGGGAAGUAAAGAUCCAAUUACACAGGUUUGCCACGCCGAAAUUAACACAGUGUUCAACAAAACCUCAGCUGACGUUGAAAACUACAUGCUGUAUUCUAAUCCCUUUCCGUGCAAUGAGUGUGCGAAAGAGGUAAUUUGCUUUUACGAUACUGAGACCAACAAUCCGCAACACCGAGCCGCCAAAAUCAUAUUUGCGAAGUCUGGUGUAAAAACGACUCAAUUUAACAUGACUAUUGGGGACUAUCCAUUUCAGGAACCCGGUGUGAUUCAGUGGGAGGAAUCUCUCCGAGAAUUUAUAGUGCGCACGUUCUACAUCACUCGGUUGACACCAUUUCAGGAGAAGGCGGCCCCAACGGAACAGCUGUUUGAGCCCUCGAAAGUGUACCCGGGCGCACCGUCCCAAAUGAACCAGUCCCUACCGUUGGAGGAAGAAGUGGAAGAUAUUGAACAGCACCGACUGCGUGGGGAUGGUGGCAGUCGAGAGGAACCGGAUGGCGUUGAAGAGGCCCUGGCG